AUGGCAGUCCUAAAUAUCGCCCUUCUGGCCGCUCUUCUUCCUGCCGUUCUGGCUAUUCCACAGCAUGGCUCCAUGUAUCACGGACCUCAUAAAGGAAGCAAGCCUUCAGGCGGCUGGCCACAUCCGACUGGUGGACCAUUCCAGUCUGGUCAAGCUCCUUUCCCUCCCAAGGGCUCCGGAGGUGCUCCUUUCCCAGCUGAAAACUCGACAGCUGGUGGUGCCACGGCUACUGGCACCGGUAUGGUGACCAUCAAAUCAACCAUCAACCUCAUCCCUGUACCAUUGACUAGCUCCGCCCCUGUAGCAGGCCAGUCCCCAGCUACGACUGGAGCUGCCGGAGGCUCUGGGCAAUCUGGCUCUCCAGGAUCUCCAUCUGGUGCACCAGGUGGACCUGGCCAGGCUGGAAAUCCAUGUGGACCUGCCACAGUCACCGUCACGACGGCCAACACGGUCACUGUCACAGUUCAAGCCAGCCCCAGCCCGAGUCCGAUUGAAUCCCCCCAAUCUUCCGCCCCAGUCCAAUCGUCGGUCGUACCUUACCCCAUGUACAACAGCAGCAUCCCAAUUGGACCCACUGGCUCGGGCAGCCUUUUGACAAGUUAUGUCGCGCCCACCCCUCCAUCAUCGUCUUCGGCCAGUUCUUCCGCUAGCCCUAAAAUAGUACAAGAAGCAUCGGACGGCCAGGUCUUUGUUCCCGCAACCCCUGUCGAGGCCGGGAUCGCAGCGACCACUUCGUCCCCAGUGGCUGUAAAAGCAGACUAUCACCCACCUGCCGCAACCCCUCAUUUUCCUCCUGUACCGGCUCCUGCUUCACCUCCUUCAUCCUCUUCCGUCUCCACCGCCCCCUCCGUUCCUGCUGCACCGGCUCCUGCUUCAUCCUCUUCAGUCUCUACCGUCCCGUCCGCCCCUGCCAGCUCACCUUCUACUGGCACUGGCAGCACCGGUGUCAAAGCUCGCGGUCUCCUUUACAGCUACAAUAACAAGCAAUUGUCCCCGGACGAAUCCCUUGCCCAAGCUAACGCCGCUGUCAAUGACGCCUGUGGUUGGAUGACCAACUGGGACUCCUCGCCAGCCACAGGCUCUGGACCGGCGAGUGGAAGCGGCAAAGUCGAAUACGUUGCCCAACUGUGGGGCACGGACGCAACCCAUCUAGCCGCCUGGCAAACCAACGCCAAAACACCAUGGGUCAUAGCUUUCAAUGAGCCAGAAAGAUGUGACGGUGGAGGCUCAUGUCUAACCUACCAAGAAGCAGCUGCUGCUCACACUGCACACAUUGCACCAUUGAGAACGGGGGGCACCAAAGUGACAACACCAUGCACUCAGAACAAUAUUGGCUCGUCCGGUAUCGGUAGUGACUAUAUGGCAAGUUUCUUAGCACAGUUCCCUUCGAACAGCUUCGAUGCCAUCUGUUGUCACUGGUAUGGACCGGGCACCCAGGAAGGAUUGAAUGGCUCGGACAAUCCUCAAAGUCUCGCAGCUACGGUGGCUGAGUACCAGAGGCUCCGGAAGCAAUACGGCAUUGCUGAGCUCUGGAUCACGGAGGGAGGUCCUGAAGACGCGGCUUUCGACACGCUCACUACCUUUCUUGAGUGGCUAGAUGAUCCAUCCAACGGCGUGGAUCGUUACGCCUGGAACGGAUUGAACAGCCCCAGUAGCGUUGUUGAGGUGGGGACGGGUUCGACUUACAUGUCGAGCUGA